GGAGUCCAGGUUUGCAGCACGCAGAGAUCGAGCUGGCGCGGAGCGGGGCGGUCGGGAGUCCGCUGUGUGGGUGCUGUGCGUUAAUAAAAGCAUCCAUGGAGAACAUUAAAAACUCAGUGGAUUCAAAAUCCAUUAAAAAUUCAGAAACAAAGAUUUUACAUGGAAGCAAAUCAAUGGACUCUGGAAUAUCCUUGGACAAUAGUUACAAAAUGGAUUAUCCUGAAAUGGGUUUAUGUAUAAUAAUCAAUAAUAAGAACUUUCAUAAAAGUACUGGAAUGGCAUCUCGGUCUGGUACAGAUGUAGAUGCAGCAAACCUCAGGGAAACAUUCACACGCUUGAAUUAUGAAGUCAGGAAUAACAAUGAUCUUACACGCGAAGAAAUUGUGGAAUUGAUGUGCAGUGUUUCUAAAGAAGAUCAUAGCAAAAGGAGCAGUUUUAUUUGUGUGAUUCUAAGCCACGGUGAUGAAGGAAUCAUUUUUGGAACAAAUGGGCCUGUUGACCUGAGAAAAUUAACAAGUUUUUUCAGAGGAGAUUAUUGUAGAAGUCUAACUGGAAAACCCAAACUUUUCAUUAUUCAGGCCUGCCGAGGUUCAGAGCUGGACUGUGGUAUUGAGACUGACAGUGGUGUUGAAGAUGACAUCACGUGUCAGAAAAUACCAGUUGAAGCAGACUUCCUGUAUGCGUACUCUACAGCACCUGGUUACUAUUCCUGGCGAAAUUCCAAGGAUGGAUCCUGGUUCAUCCAGUCACUUUGUGCUAUGCUGAAACUGCACGCUGACAAGCUUGAGCUUAUGCACAUUCUUACUCGAGUUAACCGAAAGGUAGCAACAGAAUUUGAGUCAUUUUCCUUUGACUCUACUUUUCAUGCAAAGAAACAGAUUCCAUGUAUUGUGUCUAUGCUCACAAAAGAACUGUAUUUUUAUCACUAAUGAAAUGGAUGAUUUUUUUUUUUUAGUUUGUAUGCCAAAUGAGGAAAUGAUGUAACUGGUAUUGAAUUUUCCCUCAUUUAAACCUAAUCUACUACUUCAGGUGGAACUUUGAAACAUGCCACUUUCAUAGCAAUAGAACUACUAUGAAGCUACCUCAAACUCAAAAUCAGGUAGUCGAAAUUGAAUUUAAUUAGGAAUAAAGAAAUGAAUAACAGUACAAUCAUUAUGAGAGGAAAUAAUUGUAAAUUAAUAGCUCUCAUAAUUAGCAAGUUUUAGUGAUGCUAUCCUAUGAAUUUUCAAGUAAUUAGAAAAAAGUUAAACAUAGUAAUGAAUUUCAGUGAUAUUGAUAUGCUCUCAUUUAAGAGUAUUAAUUCUAGUUUUUGUCGAACUAUGGAAAUGAUUACGUGGAAUAAUAUAUCCUAGAAUUUAGGGAUUCAUGUGUAUGGUCAGAGGUUUGAAACCUUGAUUUUAGAAUUGGUAUCUGGAGAUAAAUCAGCUGUAUUUUUAGAUCAUUUGUUUGAGCGCAUGGUUUUGUGGUGUUUGUCCGAAGCAUAUCUUUAAAAAUCAUGCUUAAUAUUGAAAAAGAAACUAAAUAUUUUACUUGAAAGUGUGAGCAAACUAAGCUGACUCUUUUAAGACUAACUGCAACUUUAAUAGAGGGAGACAAAGUUAGGUCUAUAAGGUACUGAAAGGCAGCUCAUCCACCAGCAGAUGUAUCUUAUUGUUUGUCCUCAUACAAUCUCUUGAGCCUCACAUACCAGCAAAAUACCUGAUAUACUGUUAGGUAAAAACCUCAAACUAUUGAUCAAACCGAUACAUUGAAGAAAUUCUGUAAGAACAUACUAAAAUACAACUUAAUAUGAUAAACAGUGAAAUGUAAGGAACAAAUCGUAAAUCAGUCAGCUGGGCACUCUAAUCAGACCAUGAUUUGAGCCUGAGCACAGCACAGUCUGUAAUAAAGGCAGAAUCAUAGGCCACGGCUUCAGGAAAAGGACUGCUAAUUUCUUCACGUGUACUGCUGUGUGUGGAGGAUGUCCCCAAGGCAGGGAUCUCCAAGAAAGUGAACCAAAUCAGAAACUUUUGAGAUGGAAACUUUCAAACACAGUGAGAGUCACAAUAAAAACCAUAGUACCCUUUGUAGUAGAAUUUUUGAGCACGUUAUUUUUUGUUCAAGUUUCUGAUCAAAGGAAAAUGAUAUUGUUAUAAUUAUCGCCUGUUCUCUGAAAUGAAAGGACCAUGAUACACAGGACUUUAGAAAUCCAGUCUUCCCUUGAUGCAUGGGGAAACUGAAGGCCAGAGAGGAGAAGCAGCACAGCCCCCAGCCCGGGAGGCCAGGCUCCAAACUUCCUCACUCAGGGAGCUGAUAAGUUGUCCCUGCAUCAUUGUGUCUCCCUGGUUUCCUGUCACAUAUUUCACAUGAGUUUUCUUUUGCUGAAAAAAAAAAGAAACUCAUGUUUAUAAAUGACAGCUAUUUGGAUUAUGUAACUUUUUCUAAGUAAAUGAAGCAUGUAACGUUAUCUUAAGGUGUUUCCAAAUUUUGUAAAAAUUUGUUGCUAUGACUUUUUAUUUGAAAUAUAAAUUCUGACUUAAAAUUA